GUUUUUCUGAGUUUAAGCUCCAAAAUAAUUUUUUUUGUGAUAAUAUUUUAAGAAGGAACACACAUCUUGUCAAUUAGAUGCUGAGCAAAUGCCAUCAAACCUACUUCCUUAUGUGACUCGGUUCGAAACAAAAAAAUCGAAAGAUCCACAAAACCACUGUUUUGUAAACCGUCUGAUUUAAUAAAGUAUUUUUCACUAUCAAUUCGGCGCCGUCACUUCCGCUCAGCCCCGCCGCACACAGUCACCCAUAUCCGGUUACGCCGCCCCCUUUGCAGUUCGCUUGUCCAGAAUGGGAAAGGGUUUGAUAUGGGCGACGGCAGAGGAUUUGAGUCGUAACAGGAGUCGAGUUCUGUCGCUGUAUCGUCAGACACUGAGAAGCCUGAAUUCUCCUUCGUUGCCACUGAACUUCGCCUCUAGACUCGCUAUGAAAGCCAAGGUACGUGCAAUGUUUUGGGUUGGUUCUGAUGAACGCUCUUUGCAUAACAUUGCUGACCUAAUUGAUGCUGCUGAAUACUCUCUUUCCUUUCUCAAAAAAGGCCGAUUUCCUCCUCGUCACAUCACCUGAACAACACAUUCCAUCUCCGUCGUUGCAAUUUGGUAUGAUUUUCACGCAAUUGGUUGUAUAUAUGUAAGAAAUAAGCUUAAGAAGUGUUUUGUGUUUUCUCUAUUUUGAAUUGGGGAAAUACUCAAAAUUGAACAUGAUAGCGAAUACUUAGUUUUGUCAUUGAAAUUGCACUAUUGUUAUUAUAAUGUCAAUCUUAAUCUCUAUAUUAAUUUUGUCUCUGUUGGUAAUUGCAUAUACUAAAAUGACAUUAACUUGGGAGAGUCCUUGAUUUUUUUCCUUCUGGGUGGUGACUGAUUAAGAAUUUUUUGUUGAGAUAGAAAUAAGCUAUGAACCAAUGGCGGCUUCGAUGUUGUAAUAUUAUCAUGAACAUGGCCUUAAAUUCAUGGCAGUGCAUCAUGCUUGAGUUUGGGAAUGAAGUGUGGCACUUAAUGAAAUUGUUGACUGAACCGUACAUGGUUAAAUGUGAUAGAGUCGAAGAGUGUACGCGUCCUAAGAAGACAUAUGUCAAAUGGUUAGAUCUAUUAAGUCAUGGAUCAACAAUAUGUCAAAUGGUUAGAUAUAUUAAGUCAUGGAUCAACAAUAUAAGAGGAAGCUGUUAUACUGAAUGGAGGAGUGAUGCUGUUAGAAACAUAUUUAUGGAGAGGUUUCUUUUUCUUGGGGUUUCUUUUAGGAGUUUUCAAGAGGCAAUGUAGUUUCAGGAAAGAGUAAAGAAUGAAGAGCAUUAGCAUUAGGACAAAUAUAUUUAUAGAUUCAUAUUUCAGAUGAGUUAACAUAUUUCGUAUUUUGGCCCUGUAACUGUGAGCCUAAAGCAGUAAUUCUCACAAUGCAAAUAUGAACAAGUCUAAUUGACAAGAGUAUGUUUGCUGUGAAGUAUUUGUAGGGAGUGUAAGUGAACAGAGUAAAUAUAAAGAACCCAAAAACUACCAUUCUUUACUGGUUUGGGUGAAAACCUGAACCGAACCAAGAAGAACCAAACAUGAUUGGUUUAGAUGACAUGUUUCAGUUCUUAAAAUUGAUACACUUUAUUUUAAAACCAACGCCCCAGUUAGCCCAGCCCUAUACAUUUCAUCAGGUCAUUCAAACAUUUUUUCCAUUAAUCUCAUUUCACUCAGCCAACCUCCCACGGGAUUGUUGUCUUGUUCAGUUUUGCAUGUCACACAUCUUGGUUCCAACGGCAGCGAUCUCGUUCUGCUUCCCUGAGACUCGUCUGCCUCUCUAUGAUUCUUCUGCUUCUCUUUAAUGAGUUGCUAAGUUUAUUGAUAAUUGGUUUGUAUUUUGGAUUGCUACUGCCUAUUUUGUAUUUGCAUUAAACAUUCUGGUUUGUAUUGAGAUUGCUAAGUGUGUGCUAAUGCCUAUAUUUCUAUAUGUAUUUUUUAAAAAUAUUUUGGCCUGUGAACUAAUCACAAGAACCAACCUGUAUAUUAUCGGGUUAAUUUGGAUUGGGUCCAGUUAGAGAAACAUACAAAACCGAACUAGCCUGUGGAGAUUUGGCUGAUUUGGAUUUUGUCAGUUGAAAACUGAUGCAAACCGAUUCGAUAUACUAUUAGGCAGUUAAGUGAAGUUUAUUUUCUUUGAAGUUAAAUGGUAAAUUUAGGUCAGUUUGGGAUUUGGAAUGUUAUUGUUAUGUUGGCCCUAUGCUGUCUUAUUGUUCAUUGUUUUUAUGGUUUUUGCUGAGUUUGGAUUUAAAUUGUUCAACUGUUAUUAUUUUUCCACUUCUUUAAGCUGAUGCCAAUGUGAACUAUUUAUCUGAUACAAUCAUUCUUGUUAUUUCCAGUUCAUAAAAAUGAAUGGAGCUAUUUUGAUAAGCAUGCAAUGCAUGGCUUCUUAUGAUAAAAUUUUGUAAAUGAUCAAUUUAAAUUUUAAAGUAUCUCAUAAACUAUGAUCAGUCACAUGAUCAAGCCUAUUGGAAUAUUAAUCUAGAUUUAGGCAUGAAUUCUUCACAUAUUAGAAAAUACAUGAGGAGCCGAAAAUACUUUCAAUAUCAAUACAUUACACAUUAUCAGAUCAGACUAUCAAAGCAAACAUGUUUAAUUUCAUGAAAUGCGUCGGGGUUACAAACUUACAAUCCACGUCAUAUUUAAAGAGGGAGAAAAUCAUUGCUAAAAUGGAUUAGUCAUCAUAAUUCAAUGCAAAAAAAACACAUUAAGAAUUGCUGUCAAAUAGCGUUUAAGAGUAUGAUAUAAUAUACAGAAUUGAAACAUACUUAUGAAGCACUCUGAUUGAAACUUAAAACUAAUAAAAUAAAUGCGAAUUAAAUAAACGCGCUUUAAAAAUGUUUCAAUAUUCACAAUUUAAUUAAAAGAUAUAACUAGGCUAAUUAAAAAAAAAAAACUUUUUUUUAAAGUUGUUUUGUUCUGGAACUAGAUGAUGAUCAGAGAUGUUGAAUUCAUCCUGUAUGGUGGAGGUUUAAGGUUUUCUAUGCGGUGGAGAGGAAACUGACCUAUAAGACUAAUACUCCAACGCUAAAGUCAAUACAUGAGUAAAACGUGAAGUUUGAAUAGAGAAGAAUUUAAAUACCUUAAUAAAUGGUAAAAUCCCUUUUUUAAAUAGGAGAAAUAGUUAGCAAACAAAUGCGUGUGAAGGGGCGUGAAAUGCAGUCAACCGUUAGAUUGAUCUGGACAGCUACAAAAGAGUUCACGGAUGUGCUUCUUUGUUUGGAGGAGAAAAGGAGACAACAUGUUCCAUGCUUCUCUGUCUCCACUAUCGGGCUUUCGUACUUUUGGGCUUUGUGGGUAGCCCAAAACAGUUGUGCCCCAUGCACAUGUUUAUGUGCUAUAUAAUAGGAGUUUGUACUAUGUGUCCUUACAUGACCACAAAAUUAUGGAAGUGGAGACUUUUGAUGGGAUGUUGCCAUCGUUAGAGAUAAGAGCAUUAAAUGCUUUCUUGCAAGGUGCAAUAUGAUGUUGGGAAUGAACGAUACGUAUCCCUAUUCUAGUUAAUAAAGAUAUUCCUCCUUUCUCUAGAGUGCUCGAGUAUUUCUUAAAUCGUUUACACAAAUUUCCACUGUUGUUAGUGUAAAAUGAUCAUAUGAUCUUUAGCGUUUAAUAAGAGGGGUAUGUAAGACUUUCGAAAUGCCGUCCUUGUCCGUUUUGACUGUUAUCGACUUGCGAAGAAAAGUGUUCCCGGUCCUUUAUCGUUCCUUUUUAGAGAUAUUUUUGUACGAGCACCCGUUCAAGCUCAAGAGAUUUUACUUGUUAGUUUCCUCUUUGCAUGUUUGAUUUUUCUUUCCCCCGAGUUCUAAUAUUUAAAGCUUUUGCUUUUUGUCCUUGUUCUACCCUUUUUCAGAGUUUUUGGGACGGUGAUCAUUUGCAUUUGUUCGUUAGCUAUGUCACACCUGCAUGAGUUUCUUAUUGAAACAUAUUUAAUCAUGGUUAUCACACCAAUGCAAUAAAGAGUGAAAACGCCAUGCGAUAAUUAAGGAAGGAGAUUCAUGCCACUUUCGCUUUGGUAGGAAUUCCUAAUACACCUUCUGACGGGGGAGCUUGUACCUCAGAUAUACUUGUCAGGGCCUCUUCUGGACCGAUUAUCUAUAGAUUCUGCAAAUUACCCCCUCCUUCGCGCUCAAGACGAAAUCCGGGUUUCCCCCAAUCAUGUCGUAGUAGAUGAAAUUUCUUCUUAUCAAGGAGGAGAAGAAAGGCUGACUCCAUUCUUGAUUUAGAAGAGUUUUGAGAUGAAGGUCUUCUCUGUAAGCGUCUCCGGCCUAGGUAUGUAUGUGUCAGAGAGUCCUUGCCGAUGGGGUCAAACCCUUCGAGUAUGGACAUAUAUUUUUGUUCCUCUAUUUUCGACGAAGAUUAUGCAUACUUCUCUAGGCUCUCUAAAGUUCGUCGAAAGGAGUUGGCCGAAAUGGAUUUUCAUGCUAGUCAGGCAUCAGUUGUUAUGACCUUCAUCGUAGAGGGGCGCAAAAAGGUUCUUUUACUCAACCGCCUUCAUCAAGAGAGGGAGAUGCUCAAAUAACGGGUCGAUGAUCUUAUAAUUGAGGAGAACCAGUAUUUGGCCGAGGUCCAUGGUGCCUCAACUUGAUUUUUGGCUAUGGAGGCCACAUUGAAAUUUUUUUAACAUUCUGGUUUUUUGGUAAAAAAAGUGAAGCGAAUUUCCCGAGAGAUGACUAAGAAGAGCGAGGCUUUAGAGGAAGCAAAUUAGUCCUUGGCUCUUGCUCCCAAAAAGACAGAGGAGCUGAAGAAGUCUUUAAGAGUGUCCCUGGAUACAUAUAAUAAGGAUGAGGACGACCUUUGUGAAACAUUGAAAAAAAUCUCUCUCUCUCUCUCUCUCUCCCCUCUCUCUCUCUCUCUCUCUCUCUCUCUCUCUCUCUCUCUAUCUAUCUCCAAGGAGUUGCCCAAGUCAUUGCAAGAUGGUUUUUUCGUGAUUAAGGAUGACUUUGAGAGUUCUUUAAAGCAAGUGAAAUAUUUUGUAUCCUAAUGUGCUGAUUUCUCUAGACUGGGUUCGUCUUAAUCAGGUCAUUGAAAACGAGAAGGUGGUAUCCUAGGAAGACUAGUGU